AUAAAUCAGGCCAUUAACAAUAAAAAACCGCUGCGCGACAGGAUGAAAAACUUUAUAUUUUUUCUUUUAUUAACUAUAAUAGCAUCUGUUCUUACCUAUAAAAGAAACCCAUAUCUAGAGGAUAAAUGGAAAAGAUACACAGCUGCACUGGAAGAGAUAAAUAGAAGAGCACAAACAGAUGAGGAAUUUAGAGAAGAGUUGGACAAACAUAUGGCUGAAUAUGAUCAUGAUCCUUUAGACGUUGGCACAUAUCAAAUAAAAUUUAACUGUACACAACAAGCAACUGUUCAACCAAUUAGUAGUGUUAAUAGAAUUAAAUUCGCUGAUAUAAGGGCUAUUGGAGCUGUUGGAGAUUCUAUUGUUUGCGGAAACGGUAUUGAUAAAAGUAGCAUUUUUCGGGUAAGAGAUGCUAUUAGAGGCGAAGCUUAUAGCAAUGGAGGUUCUCAAGAUUUAGAAAGAGAUGUUAUGACAAUGCCAAAUGCUCUGAAGAAACUUGCAAAAAUUUUAGAUGGUUAUGCUAUAUCUAGAGGCCACUCUGAUGCCGGAGACGUUGAAGCAGGCUUCAACUAUGCUGAAUGGGGUGCCGAAACGCGUCAUACAAAGGAGCAAGCCGAAUAUUUAGUGGAAAAACUUGAAGAAAAAAAUUUAGAAGAUAGUCCAAAAUUAAUUACCUUGCUGGUUGGCGCUAAUGACCUUUGUCAAGCCUGUGAUUAUCCACAAGAUUACAAUGAAGAUGUAUACGUUGAACGUUUAAAGGAUACUAUAGAUUACAUCAAAGACCAUACUACAUACACUAUACUUUCCAUUGACACAAUGUUCGAUGUAACACCUCUUCCUUUAUUUAGUUCUGGUAUUGUCUGUGACGUUAUUGGAAGUAGCGUUUGUAAUUGCGCCACUUCCGAAGGUAAUAAACCUUUUACUAGAGACAUGCAGAAGAAGUUUCAUAACAAGUUAAUGGAACUGAUCGCAUCCGGUAGAUAUGAUCAAAAUGAAGAGUUUACUGUUGUUGUUCAAACGCACUUUCAAAAUGCUACACCUCCAAUGAAAGAUGGACAAGUUGAUAAGUCUUAUUGGUCUAUUGAUUGCUUUCACCCAGCUAGAAAGGCGCAAUACGCUUUUGGAAAGUCUCUUUGGCAUAAUUUGAUGGAACCUGUUGGGAAAAAACGAGGGGAUUUGGAUUGGACCUUUAAAGGCGUUUUAAAUUGCCCUACAAGAGAAAAUCCUUUCAUCUACACAAAUAAAAAUAGUCGUCAGUUUAAGGCAACUGGUUCCCAAUUGGAUUAUAAAGUGGUACAGAACCCAAAAAGAGUACAAUUAGAAGGCUACUUGCGUUUAAAAUUAGACAGCCUAAAGGAAAAAAUGAAUGAAAAUAUGUUUGGAGAAUUUAUAUGGCAUUUGACAAGUCGUGUUUUAAGACUUCAAAGACUUGGUAGACCUAUUACUGUACCUUUGAAUAUUGUCCAAAAGUAUGGUUUGGGUGCUGAUGAAGCGAAUUUUGUUAAAAAUGAAAUUGAUACAUUUGCUUCAUUGAGUAAACCAAACACGACAAAAGGAACCAUUAGUCCUUUAGCUAUAGGAUUGAUUGCCGGUUUUUCAGCCUUUGGUAUAAUUGCUCUAUUGAGUUUGUUUGUAACGGCCAAGUGGAGAAGAGAAAAGAAUGAUUCCGCAAAGCAAACUGAUUAUAUUGAUAAUCCAGCAUUUGCUGAAAAAGCUUGUGAUAUUAGCAUGAACGACUACAUAGCAGGAGCUAUAGCAGGAUCUGCUGGUAUUGUUGUCGGUCAUCCGCUCGAUACGACGAAAGUCCUACUACAAACCCAACAGAUAGCUCAGAAAGGUCGUAAAAGCUAUUAUGAUAUUUUAAAGGUCAUCGCUAAUGAUGGAUUGAAGAAUGGUUCAUUCAGAGGACUAUCCUAUCCACUAGUAUCAGUUGGAGUAAUUAAUUCAAUCUAUUUCGGUGUACAAUCAUAUUCGUUAACAGCAUUGGAGAAUAAGAUAAAUAAUAAUUAUUUAAGAUUAUUUAUAAGUGGUUGUAUGGGAGGAACAGUUCAAAUUACUAUCUCAUGUCCAAUUGAGGUUAUUAAAAUAGUCUUACAGUCACAAAGUAAAUCUAUGGAAAAUGUUAUAGGAGGUAAAUACCUGAGAGGACCAAAUGAAGCAUUUAGGCAUCUUGUCAAAACUGAAGGAAUAUGGCGUUUAUAUAAAGGACUAGAUAUUAUGAUUAUGAGAGAUAUUCCUAGCUAUGGAAUCUAUAUUCUAUCUUAUGAAUCUUCAAAAGAAAUGUUUUUGAAAUGGAACUGCAGCCCCGUAAUUUCCACUCUUAUAGCUGGCAGUAUUGGCGGUGUGAUAUCAUGGGGUUCUGUUAUUCCAUUCGAUGUUAUAAAAUCAAUUAUGCAAUCAAACAGAGGAAAUAUAGGAAUAAUACAAACUGCCCUGAUGGUUUACAAUAAACAAGGUAUAAGGGGCUUCUUCUCCGGUAUAGGUAUUGCAUGUUUAAGAGCAAUACCUGUCAAUGCUGUAACCUUUUUAGUUUAUGAAGAACUUUUAGCCCUACUUAAAUAA